UUAUGCAAGCCAUUCUAUGAUAUUAGCAAUUAAUGCAGAAAGAGGUGUUUGUAAGAAGCUCCAGAAGUCAUGUGUGCUGUAUGUUUAAUUGUACACAAAGAUCAGAAGUUAGACCAUUUGUGUCCCCUCUCUUGUGUGGAUCACCAGAAGCUUGAUAUUGCGAAGACAUGUUUUUUUCUGGGCUCAUCUUUUGUGUGUACACAGUGUUGGAAAAUACUGGUAGAGAAUUAAACAGCUGUUCUGAUCAUUUUCUCAGGAGUGGCUGUCUCUGCUUUCCUUACAGUUAGUUGCUGUCAAGCAGAGAUGUGCCAUAGUUUGGGUUUGAAUGGACAACUUUACAGAAAGCCAUUGUGCUUCAUUGAAGUUGUUUGUUUUUGAUCUUCAGUAGCUGUGAAGCAGUUACCAUUUAAAAACAUCAAGUAAUUUCCAUUUCUAGUUUUCCAGGUUUUGAAAGCUGUUCUGUCUGCAAAGUAAUGAUAAUCUUGGUUUGUUAAUAAGUGUGGUCAUACAGGGGGGUAGGGAGGAGGAGCUGGGUGGAGGAAGCGGGGCUGUAACCACCACACAGUUUGUGCUGCACUGGGAGGUGCGGAGCUGUGAGUCAUAGGCCAUAGUUGCAGCUGUUUUCAGCUCUCUGUUAAAAGUGGUAACUUUCAAGCAAGUGAACUGCUUCCUAAUGAACGCCGCUACACUGAAUGGUCAGAGAACCUUGGAGAAGUUGGCUUCUUCAUAUCUUGCCCUUUAUUAACAGUGGCUGAAAGGAGUUUUCUUUGGGUCACUUCAGUGAGUGAAAGAUACCUGCACUCUAUGGAUCUUGAAAUUUACCAAGUUGUUCACUUGGCAAUUUACUAGUUUCAGUGCACACUUCAGCUAUUAUAGUAGUUCAGCAUGCUUUGGGUUAAGGACUUUUUACUUCUGUACUUGUAUUCUUGCACAGACACUUGUGUAAAAAUGUAUGUUUAUACGGAAUAAUCUUACAUGAGUUCCCAUCCAAAAAAUACUAUGCCAGUAAAAAGCAUCUUUAUAUUAAGAGAAAUAUUUCUGUGAUUAUGAUUGUGGUUUGUCAUUUUUACUAUGCCAGCAGAUUUGAAAGCAGUAUGUAAAUAGAAUUUUAUUGUGUAUUAGACCAGUUAAACAAAGAGCGGCUCAUACAGCAAAGCAGGUGACCAAAUACUAUUCAACUUGCUAAGUAUAUCUCUGCAUUACCAGUAAACUAAUAAAUUCAACUUUUAGGAAGAAUGCAGCCAUACAGAUUUGGUGUGCAUUCCCCCUUCUUCAAAUUCUUGAUUUCAUGCAUCUCUCGUUUAAAAAGAAAAAAAAAAAAAGGGGGUAGGGGAGAAUUGAAAUAUUGCUGGGGAUGAGUUUUUUGUUCAGUGAUUGUAGUGGUGCAUUUUGCCAUCAAGUCUUGGGGCUUUUCCCAUGGGAUUUUGAUGGCAGUGUUAAGAAACUUGAAAGAAUGAAAACUGAAGACCUCCUUAGGAAAAGGGAUUUUAAAAUGCAAUUGAUUUUUAUUUGCAGCAGUCUGGAUGAUGAGUUGCAUACCUUGCAGUUGAGGUACUGAAGCCAGGACAAAUAUCGUAUCAAACCAUGGCUAAUCUUCAUGAACUCUUCCAAGAAGAAUGAGAAGAGUUCCCAGCCAGCACACAUUCCUGCCCUCUCCCUUAUAUCCCGUGGUUGUGCAAUCUCCUGGUGAGCUGGAUCAGCUUGCCCAGCUGACAGUGAACUUGUCUGUCCUUAGAGGGGGAGGAGGUGCGGACUGAUCCCUUCAAUCUCUGAUUAGACUGCACUGAGACUAAGGUGAAAUCACACCCUUAAAAACUGCUCGUUUGUAAAUAAGAACGUGAAAAGGCAUUGUGGUGCUACUCAGAGACUUUGUAGCUUGGAGCUGUUUUGAAUGUCAGUUGGCAAAGUGAUGUCUGAUCUGAAUGUGAAAAACAGUUUCUGAUUCCUGAGCAUCUAAUCUGUGUUAGGAUAAUCGCUGGUCUGUCUGUAGUGGAGGGCAAAAUAAAGAGACUGCGAUAAUACAGAAUUUCUUCUUUUCCUGUCAUUAAAUUUCUGCUGCUUCUGGUGCGCCUGUGUCAAAUAGUUUGAUAUUGUUAUAUCAGUUUCACACAUAAAUACAUUUCUCUUGUGAUUUUAUGCUUGUUUUCCUAAAUCUCCUGGCUACUGACAUACUGGAAAUGAAAAGAUCUGUCUUCAGAGACUUCUCAGUGUUGAUUGCAGUGGAGAAAACAGCAGUAGCAGUUGAAAUCACAUUUUUCAAAAUCCAGAAAGACAAAAUCCCCAAACUUGCAGCAAGAAAUAACUCAAUUAUUUACUUAGACAAAAAAUUACAGGGGUGCAGACAAUCUUGUUCUGUAGGCUCAAAGCUUUUACUUCAAGUUUUAGUUAUGUGUAUGUGAAAAGGUGUUUGACAAGCUGUAGUCAAGCUCAAAUAAUACAAUCCAGCACAGGAUACUCAAGCAGAAGUUUAAGCAAUGUAGGUUUCUUUUGCAUCCGGUCUCUUGAUUGAUAGUGAGGCUUCUUUCCACUUUGGGUCUGAAGCAGUACAAGAUCAACCAGAGCCAUCAAAGCCACUGCAGAGCGCUCAUGGCCAGGCACAACUUGCCUGCGCUUCCCUGGUGACACCACAGGAAGCCUCUUGUGUUCCUAGGCUGGGCCUCUCCAUUCCUAUCUCUCUGUGUUUUGGUGGGUUUCCCUCCACCGCAGCUGUACAUGUAUUUCCCUUUUAGAGCCACUGUUCAGUCUCUCUCAUUGUCUGUCUCCUGUGUGUGUGUUUCUUCUUUUCCUGUGUUUUCUUGUUCUCUAACUGCAAUUUCUGUCAGCCCUGGCACAUUCUUGCUGCAGCACUGUGUCCUCAGGUGUUUCGGAACAGUCUUUGCUACCUGCAUCCCCAGGACGCUGUUGACGUGGCUUUAGCUGACAGCUACGUGGUUACAAUGGAAGUCAGCAGGCAACAGCAACGUCUUGUUUGUUUUAGUUACUUAAGUAUUUGCAAGUAUUAGUUGUAUGAAAAUGUUCAUUACAACAUCUGCCUGAUUCUAUUUGUAAAGUUUCAGCCUGAGUGACUUCGUUGCUUCUGAAAAUGAAGUUUCAGAUGGCAAAGCAGAUUGACUUGCUGACAAAGAACAGGCGGUUUCACUGCUUCUCUUACAGCAGCUCUGAUGCAUCUGACCUCUGCACGAGCUGAUUAACUUUCUCACCUCUGAAUUAGUGCGUACAUAAAAAGUUGGGUUGAUUUUAUUAUUUUUUUUUCCUGCCUCAUUUUUGGGAGCUGAAUCAACUUAGUGGGUGGUCACAUGAGCAACUGAGCCAGUAGAAGGUAGAGGACCCCAGGGCUGGAGCAGGAGGCAUGAGAUUAAGGGAUGGAAGGGGAUCUCACAUAGUGAUGACAGGGAACUUGUGAGAAUCAAUGAUCUGCUGUGCUAACGAGAAAAAUUCUUCAUCCUUCACUUGUGAAGAGCUUUUGUGCUCCUGUUGCGCCUCCCUCUUCUGGAUUUGGAGCCUCGCUGUCAUUGUUCCUCGUGAGGACCAGUAGCACAUAAUACAAGAGCACAGACAGUGAGAGAUCUGGUACAUUCUGUCUCCUUGACAUCACUCAGGCAUCAGGGAACAAAGUGUCUUACAGAAAACUCAAGGCCUGGGUAAAGCAGAUUAAAAUGAAAGGUUUGAAAAUACUUCAGAACAUUUGACCGUCUCCUACCCAGCGUGUCCUUGAGGAACAUCAGGAUAAUGGAGGGGCUCUUGCAUUACAUAAAUCCAGCACAUGCCAUUUCACUUCUAAGCGCACUGAACGAGGAGCGUCUAAAGGGACAGCUAUGUGAUGUUGUGCUUAUAGUAGGAGAUCAGAAAUUUCGAGCUCAUAAAAACGUUCUAGCUGCCAGCAGCGAAUACUUCCAGACCCUGUUCACAAAUAAGGAGAAUGAGUCUCAGUCAGUGUUUCAACUCGACUUUUGUGAACCAGAUGCUUUUGACAAUGUGUUAAACUACAUUUAUUCUUCAUCCUUGUUCAUAGAGAAAGGCAGUCUUGCAGCUGUGCAAGAGCUGGGCUACAGCCUUGGAAUAUCCUUUCUUACAAACAUUGUUUCUAAGAGCCCUCAAGCUCCCUUUCCAUCUUGCCCCAUUAAGAAGAUACUGUAUCAAGAUGAAGAUGAAAGUAGUUCUCAGAAGAGGAGUGUCAUUGUCUGUCAGAACAGAAGCGAUGCACAAGGAAAGAGUGUAAAUCAAAUGCAGCAUGAUUUAAGCCAUACUUCUAAACCUUUACCCUCUGCUGCUAUCAAAACUAGCAUUAGACCACAAGUAGCAAAACCAACUGAAACCCUUCACAAUUUAUCACUGACUGAAAGGAGAUGGCUGAAGGAAAACCCUGGGAGCUAUACCAAGUUUCACGAAACUUCUGGAACUGCAGAGGAUCAGAGCAGAGGGGGUUUAGUGAAAAGGAACACAGUGUUGCCUCAAAAACCUUUAGCAGAGAAAGAAAUUGCAAGUGAUGAACCAGGAAGUAGUAGUCAGCUUUUAAGAGGAAAGGCUGCAGAGUUAUUAAAAAGACCACGUCCGCCAGUCUUAUCUCUGCGUGGCUCAUCAGAAUCUGCAUUUUUGUUACGAGAGGCGGGAAAAGGAAAUGGUCAAGGUGAAGAUAGGAAUUUGCUGUACUACUCCAAGUUAGGACUAGUAAUCCCAUCUAGUGGAUCUGGUCCUGAAAACCAAAGCAUUGACAGAAGUGGUCCACUCGUAAAAAGUCUACUUCGAAGGUCACUGUCUAUGGACAGCCAGGUUCCUAUUUAUUCACCUUCUGUUGACCUAAAACCUUCACAGGUAUCAUCUUCCUCCUCACCAGGAACUGCUGAUUCCCAGAAGAUAUUUAAUGUUGCAUCUCAAAAGUCAUGCUUGAAAGAGUCAUCGGAGAAGUUAGUCUUAGAAGAAAAGCCACAGGUAAUGCACCCACAUCGCCUUAGGUCUUUCAGUGCCUCUCAGACAACUGAUAGGGAAGUUUCUUCCCCUCUCACAGAGGUGCGAAUAAAAACCGAACCCAGCAGUCCGCUUUCAGAUCCAUCUGAAAUAAUAAGAGUUACAGUGGGUGACACAUCAGUACCUACAAGUAAAGACUUUCCUUUUAAAACUGAGGAUGAUCAAAAGGAACCAAGUAGACUUCCAGCAAAAAGGAGAUUUCAAGCAGAUAGAAGGCUACCAUUCAAAAAACUCAAGGUGAAUGAAGAGGGUUCUCCUGAAUCGGAAGAAAACUUCGAGGAAGGCUCAAGCCCUACGCACCUUGAUGCUGAUUUUGCUGAUUCUGAUGUCAGUAAAGAUGAAUACAGUGAAAUGGAAGAAGCAAGACCAAAUAAAAAAUUUAAAUGCAAACACUGCCUUAAAAUUUUCAGGUCAACAGCAGGUCUUCAUCGUCACGUUAACAUGUAUCAUAAUCCAGAAAAGCCCUAUGCUUGUGACAUAUGCCACAAGAGAUUUCACACAAAUUUCAAAGUGUGGACACACUGCCAGACACAACAUGGAAUUGUCAAGAAUCCCUCACCAGCUUCCAGUUCUCACGCUGUUUUGGAUGAAAAAUUCCAAAGAAAACUGAUCGAUAUAGUGAGAGAGAGAGAAAUUAAAAAAGCUCUAAUAGUUAAACUAAGACGUGGCAAGCAAGGCUUCCAGGGACAAUCUACUUCACAAGCACAACAAGUCAUCAAAAGGAAUUUAAGAUCAAGAACCAAAGGAGCCUAUAUUUGUGUCUACUGUGGAAAAGCUUAUCGUUUCCUCUCACAGUUCAAACAGCAUAUAAAAAUGCAUCCAGGAGAAAAACCGAUUGGAGGUAAUAAGGUUCCUAAGCAGAAAGACCAUAUUCAUAUUGAAAGUCAUGUAGAAAACAAGGAAGUUUAUCAGUGCCGUCUCUGUAAUGCUAAGCUCUCUUCACUUAUCGAACAGGGAAAUCAUGAGCGACUCUGUAGAAACGCUACUGUCUGUCCUUACUGCAGCCUUAGAUUUUCAUCCCCAGAGCUGAAGCAUGAGCACGAAAGCAAGUGUGAAUACAAGAAGCUUACUUGUCUUGAGUGUAUGCGCACCUUCAAAUCAUCCUUUAGUAUUUGGCGUCAUCAAGUUGAAGUUCACAAUCAGAACACGAUGGCUCCAUCAGAGAACUUUUCUUUACCUAUCCUGGAUCACAAUGGAGACAUAACUAGUUCAUUAAGAUUGCCUCCUCAGUCAGAAUCCAACAAAAUAAACAAUUUUGCUGCCAAGGAAGACGGAGUAUUCAGUGACUCGUCAGAACAGAUUAAUUUUGAUUCUGAAGAUUCCUCUUGCCUGCCUGAAGACUUAAGUGUUUCCAAGCAGUUUAAAAUUCAAAUCAAGGAAGAGCCUGCAGACGACGUAGAGGAUGAGGUCACUGAGACAAGCAGAGAACCAAAGGAAGUAGUCUCCAACAAAGAUGCUGGUUUGUGGCCCUGUGAAAAGUGUGGGAAGAUUUUCACUGUACGCAAACAACUGGAGCGUCACCAAGAGCUCUUAUGCUCCGUGAAGCCGUUUAUUUGUCACGUGUGCAACAAGGCCUUCCGAACCAAUUUCCGGCUCUGGAGUCACUUCCAGUCCCACAUGUCGCAGGCUGCAGAGGAGUCCACAAAUAAGGAGCCUGAGGUAUGUCCACCAGCUAAUUCCCCAUCACCACCACCUUUACCUCCGCCCCCGCCACUACCCAAAAUCCAGCCUUUGGAGCCUGAUAGUCCAACAGGCUUGUCUGAAAGCUCCACUACUACUGAAAAAUUAUUUGUACCGCAGGAGUCAGAUACGCUCUUCUAUCAUGCUCCACCACUCUCAGCAAUCACAUUCAAAAGGCAGUACAUGUGUAAACUCUGUCACAGGACUUUCAAGACAGCUUUUAGUCUUUGGAGCCAUGAGCAGACACACAAUUAGCUUUCAGAGAUACCUUAAUAAGCUGAUUUGGUGGAGGCUGUUUUCAGGAUCUCGGAUGUAUGCCACGUAAACUUGAAAUUUAAGAGGAUUAAAACAACAACGACGAUAGAAGAUUCUGAAUUUGUGAUGCUGCUUGGAUUUGGAGAUUAAGGUAAACUAACUUUGUUAGUAGCUAGAAAGCUGGGUAAUUAAAGAUAAUAUGGACUGGGAUCUAAUAGUAACAGAAUAAUUUUGAUUUCAUUUAACACUGAAAUGCGAUCGCAUCUGGAUUGUAUGCAUGGAUCUUCAUCCUGUGAUGUUGGUGUGUGCGUGUGUAUUAUAUAUAGAGUUAUAUAUUAAAUGGAAGAGCAACAAAAAUUUGGAUUCUAACUGUGAGUUUAUAGUGGUGAAAUACUGUAACCAACUUCAUUGUUUGUUGUUUUUUUGUUUUUUUUCUUAAAGAAACCAACACAGAAGCUCCAUAUAAAUAGCUGCCAUGCACUUGCAGUUAGAGAGGAAGUGGAUGGAGUGUCUUAAUGUAUUGACUUAGGUCUUAGAGAUCUUUAGCAAUAACGAAUAAACCUCACGUUUCAGUAAUCCCAAUAUUAUUGGAUACGAAUGUUUGAUAUUUUAAGGGAACAUAAAAUUGUUUUGUUGUUAUAUGGAACUUGUGCAAAUUAAAGUAGAAUUUAAAAUCAGCAAUAUUAUUAAUAAGAUUUUAUAUUAAGAAAACAAAAUAGCAGCAAGCCUGCUUUCAGCCAUUUAAUUAUAAGUUUCUAAGGAGAAGUGGGGGGUGGGGUACAUCGCUUUAUAUAACGUCCCAAAGACUAAUUUACUAUGAACAUUUCAGUAACUAAAGUCAUUGUAUUGACAGCCAUCAUAAUGCAAAUGUUACUGUUUGUAAUACGAACUAAGAUUGGAUGGAUGUCGGAUAAGUUUCGUAAUUUUGUUUCCUCUGUUUGUACAACUGUUUGUAAUUCUAACUGCAAAGAAAUGUAGAACUAUUAAGAAGCAAAAAAAAGCUUGGUAAGGGAUAGAAGAUGACUUGUGUUCCUACACUCAGUGAUAAGCUUGGCCAUGAGUACAAAGAUAAGUUUUAACAUAAAGUAAAAGUGUAAAUAUUUAUAUAGACAUCUGUAUAAAUGAAGAAGUAUGUAUUUGAAAUUUGUAUUAAGCGUGCAUAUCCAGCUCAAAGCAGAGGAAAAACCAUCACAUUGCUAUCACUGUAUUUUAUGAAUACAACGCUUAGAAUAUUUCUUUCUGCUGCUUCCUAUCCUUUGUGGUACUGUGUAGCAGUUUUCUUAUCUGCUGAAAAUCAUGAGAAUAAUGUGCUGCAGAUACUUUGUGCAGUUCCAUUAUUUUACCACAAGUCACAACUGGAGCAUUUAGUAAAAGUCGAAUCAUAGAUAUUUACCAGAAACUACAGCAAGGGUCCAAAAUUACUUUGUUCAAGGAAAUGUUUACCCGAAAGUUGUGGUAAAUUAAGUGAAAAAUUGUUCUACUGGAAUUUAAACUUCAUGGAGUAGUGCAAUGAACAGUGAGAACAUCAGUGAUGCAAAUGGUAUUUAUGAUUCUGACUAACUUUACUCUGGAAGUUGAGGGACUGGGGUUGCAAUCCACACUAUCUAGUCAGAGCCCAGUCUUUGCUCACUGAGAAGAGCAAGAGUUUGGUCACCAGUUUCAGUGGGAAUAGGAGUGAGGCUUUCAUUCUAUAUGACUCUAAUAGUGCUUUUUUUUUUUUUCAGCAUCCUACACUCAAAGUUAGAAAGUAUUGCUUGCUCGUACCAGCAUUUAGCAAAAAUAAAGCACCUGUGUAACUUUAGGAUCUGAGGAUGAGCACCUUCAUUUAGGCACACACCAGAAAAGAUUUUUCUCAAUUGAAGUCCAAGUGUGCCACUGUUAGUUUUCUCCCAACAGAAUUUUUUAGUGUUUUUCCUUCAAUUAAGUUUAAAAAUACAGGCUCCGUAUGGACCACUGGCUUCCUUUUUUUUAGCUACCAAAAAAAAAACCAGUGUUAUUUUCAAGCCUCUCAGUUCAUUUUUUUGAUGGCAAUAUAAAAUUGUUGCUAAACAUUCUUUUUGUUCUCUUCCAGGCAAACUUGAUCACAACUUAGUCAUGUUAACCUGUCACUAUCAGUUAAGUUCUUAAAAACCCUGAUAAGACUAAAUUUAUUUCUUACAAGAAAAGUGAAAUGCGUGCAGCUCUUAAGUAACCCGGUUUAACAAAAUGAGAAAAACGUAUAGACUUGCUCAGUAUGCUUUAAAUGUACUUAAGAAAUGUGUGCAUAGAAAAUAUGAAGAUGUUCUUGUAAACUCAUACCUAAGUUUUCACCAGUUAUUCCUCUUCCCAACAGCAUAGUAGUUCAUAUCCAGCCUUUCAAAAAUCAGGGUGCUAUCUAAAAGAAAAUGGCAACUAGUCAACUAUGUUACAGUCAUUGAACUUCCAACUGGGAAUCUGAUAUGUGGUGUGAUGAUUAAAAAAAACCCCACACUUAAAAUGAAAAGCUCAUACAAUAUCUUUGAAGAAAUGACCUUCUUCCUAGCACGCUAUGUAUUAUAUUUAAAAAGAAAAAAAAAAAAAAGUUGGGUCUAAAUAGCUUCUUCCUAAGCGUUUCUUCAGAUUUUCUUAAGUCUCUUUUUAACUUUAAGCGUGUUCUGUGUUUAGUUCAGUUUUUUACAUUCAGUUCCUGCUUCAUAAGGAAUUAAGGAUAUCUGAAGUUUAAAUAUGAGAUGUUUAUAUAGUAGCUCUGGUUUUCUAUUAGCUUUUAUACAGUACCUUUAAAAAAAACCCUUGAUAGAAGUGUUUAUUUUGGAGGAUACGGAAUAAAUAUGCUUCCACUUAUAUAACUUUAAUAUAUGUUUAAAAAGUUAAAUUAUGGAAAAAAAUGUUAGUUGUUUGUUUAUAAAUAUCUUCUGAAGAGUGUCUAGCUUGGCCACAGCCAAAAUAAAACACAAAUUUAUUGAUACAAAAACCUGUCCUCAUCAUAUUUUAAUUUUGUAAUUGUGUGCUGAAGUGAUGCAUAUAUAGAGCUCUUGCUAAAUACAGAAAGGGUUUUUUUCCUUUAAACUUGUGACAGGAAUGUGCAGAUGUUUUAAUAUAUAUAGAUUAGAAUUUUUACUACUUUCCUUUUUUAAUUUGUCAGAUAAAUCUCAGAGAUCUAUACUGCUUCAGUGGAAGUACAGUGAAAACUUCUGUUGCAUUUAAGAGAAGCAGGGUUGAGCCAUAAAAUGUAUUUUGGUUUGGGACUUAUUUUCCUUUGCGGCACUGUGUUGGCAAAGGUCUCAGCAUGUGAUUAAGUUCCAAUGAGAUCAGUCUUAACAUUUUUUUUUAAAAACAUGCUUAGGUUUUUUGAUACAUUGGGACCAUGGUCACCCACUGAAAGUGAGAAAUGACGUAUGGGUUCAUCUUUUAGUUCUAGAAUGAAAAGUUAAAAUGAGUUUUUCUCUGCAUAAAAAUGGCAUGUACACCUAAAAUAUAAUUCUGCAGCCUUACAAAAAUGAAGGACAUCAACCAGUAAUAAUCUACCUGAACUGCUGUAAGACCUUUUGAUAUGGUCCCCCCACAACAUUCUUGCCACUAAAGUGAAGAGUGAAGAUAUUUUGGGGGUUUGACUGAUGAGUAAAGGAAUACCUGGAUGGCCAUGUGCAAAGAGUUACAGACAACAGCUCAUUGUCCAAGUGUAAGCCAGAAACAAGUGGUGUCCCCUGAGGGUCCAUACUGGGACCAAUACUAUAUAGUAUCUUCAUGGGUAGUGGGAUUUCACAGGGAUAGUGGGGUUGAGUGCACCCUCUGCAAGUUUGUGUAUGAUGAGAAGCUGCUCAGAUUAUUUGAUUGAUAAUUUAAGAGGGAAGAGACCCCAUCAAUGGGGGUCCUUGAUAGGUUUGAGGAGUAGGCCCUCUUGUAAAGUUCAUCAGGCCAAGAGCAAGGUCCUGCAUUUGAGUCAAGGCAGUUUUCAAUUUCAACAUAGACUGAGUGAUGACUGAAUUGAGAACAGCACUGAGAAGAAGGACUUAAGGGUUCUAGUAGAUGAAAAGCUGGACACGAGCCAGCAGUGGGCACUUACAGCUCAGAAGGCCAACUGCAUCUUGGGCUUCAUCACAAGAUGGCUGACCAGCAGGGCAAAGGAGGAGAUUGUCUCCCUCUGCUCUGUCCUUUUGAGGUCCCACUUGCAGUACUGCAUUCAGCUCUGGGACCCCCAGAACAAAGGAUACAUGGAACUGUUGGAGCAGAUCCAGGGGAGGCUACGUGGAUGACUAGAGGGCUGGAGAGCCUCUCCUGUGAAGGGAGGCCGAAGGUGGUGGGCUUGUUCCAUCUGGAGAAGGCUCCAGGGAAACUUCAUUGCAGCCUUCCACUAUUUAAAGGGGACCUACAAGAAAGCUGGAGAGGGAUUGUUUAUGAGGCAACAUAGUGAUAGGACAAGGGGAAGGAACUUUAAACUAAAAGAUGAUUGAUUUAGAUUAGAUUUAAGAAAAAAUUCUUACUCAGAGGGCAGUGAGGCACUGGCACAGGCUGCCCAGAGAAGCUGUGGAUGCCCCAUCCCUGGCACUGUUCUGGUUGGAUGGGGUUUUGGGCAACCUGGUCUAUUGGGAAGUGUCCCUGACCACAGCAGGGGGAUUGGAACCAGGUCUCCAUAGUCUCUUCGAACUCUAAACAUUAUAUGAUGCUAUGAUACUUCUUGUAUUUUAUUAUAUUUUAUUUUGCAUAAGGAGAAUAGAAACAUCCUGACAGCUGAGAAGAUAACCUACUGGAGGUGACACUAGACUUUUUCUCACAUCUUUCAGAGUGGAGGUGUAGCCUUAUCCGUGAACCAAAGCACACAGCUGUGAGAUUUCUUCCUGCAUUUCCUAUUUAAGCAAGCAUUCUGGUGGCAUCCAGUAGAAUACAUUUUGUUUUUAUUUUGCUACCUUUUUCCCCCCAGAUAAUAUGUGCAGGUUUGGUCUGAAGUUACAUGUACUCUGUUUUUGUUCCAAACUUCAAGUGAUAAAACUAGAAGUUCCACACAUGGGAUAAGGACAGAUUUAUGUCAAACUUCUUGGCACUAACAGUGAGGGUGCAAAUAUCUGGCAUGAGCCUGUAGUCUGGCGUGUGCCUGUACUGUUCAAUAAAAUUGUUUACAUUCUCCUACCAGAAGAUUUAGAUAAAAAUCACAGUCAGGUUAGGAUUUUUUCAAUGUUGCUGUUGAUUAAUCAGUGUUAAUUUUUUUAUUUUUAUUUUAUUUUAUUUUAUUUUGGUUAAACGCAGCCUGAUAGUAUUUUUAAUGUCAUUGAUUCUUGUUUAUUUAAAACAACUUGUGAAAAACUGUACUAUAACUGUUGUACAUAAAGGGACACUAUCAAGAGAAAGGGUGUAUACUAUAAAUAUAUUAAAAAUA